UUCUCGUCGAUAAUAUUCGUCGAAGGGGAUAAGCAACUACUUUACUCGCCGAGGGACUUGCCUGGACUUGCCUGCUUACCCACCCCCUUCUUCCGGAGACCUACCUAUCCAACAUGGCCGUCUCCGCGCCCAUUUCGCCGGAGCAUAUCGCCAUCGUCAAGGCGACCGCGCCGGUCCUCAAGGAACAUGGCACGACGAUCACGACACUUUUCUACAAGAAUAUGAUCUCCGCGCAUCCCGAACUCAAGAACGUAUUCAGCAUGUCAAACCAAGAGAGCGGAGCCCAGCCAAGAGCCUUGGCUGCUGCCGUAUUCGCGUACGCUACCUAUGUCGACGAUCUCGGCCAGCUGAAGGCGCUGGUAGAGCGUAUCGCGCACAAGCACGAGAGCCUCAAGGUCAAGCCCGACCAGUACCACAUCGUCGGGAAACACCUACUCGAGGCUGUCGCGGCUGUUCUAGGCGACGCUUGCACCCCGGCAAUCGCGGAGGCCUGGACUGCCGCCUACGCCGCAUUGGCCGACGUCUUCAUCAGUCGGGAACAGCAGCUGUACGCGGCUCACGAGAACUGGCCGGGCUGGCGCCGCUUCAAAAUACAGCGAAAGGUGCCGGAGACGUCCGAGAUCACCAGCUUCUACCUCAUCCCUGAAGACGAAAAGCCGCUCCCGUCCUUUCUGCCAGGCCAGUACAUCAGCCUACAAGUGUUCGUUCCCCAGAUGGGCCACAUGCAACCGAGGCAAUACUCGUUAAGCGAAGCGCCGCGGAGCGACUAUUACCGAAUCAGCGUGAAGAGGGAGAAGGGCGAGCAGCUCGGCGUUCCGGGCCUGAUAUCCAACCUGCUGCACGACAAUUACAAAGAGGGCGACGUACUCGAGCUGUCGGCGCCGGCGGGUGAGUUCUUCGUAGACCCGAAAGAAAGUAAGAGCAGUCCGAUCGCGCUCAUAUCCGCCGGCGUCGGUAUCACUCCUAUGCUCUCGAUCCUCAACAGUUUGGUGAACGCCGGUUCUCGUCGGCGUAUCUCGUGGAUCCACGGUGUGCACAGCUCGGAAGCGCGCGCUUUCAAAGAUCACAUCCGUGGCGUGUGCGCCAAGGGCGUGGACAAUGAUAUCAAGACUACAUUUUUCGUGACUUCGCCUCAGCAGGGCGAAGUCCAGGGCGUCGAUUACCACUUCGCUGGAAGGACGGACCUAAGCAAAGUCGAUCCCAACACUGCCCUCUUCCUUGAAGACUCCGAGGCUGAGUAUUACAUCUGUGGACCAUAUUCUUUCAUGAAGGACUCGGAGAAGUACUUGAUUGGUGCCGGUGUUGGGGCAGAGCGUAUUCAUCUCGAGGUAUUCGGAACCGGUGAUCAGUGACGAUUGUUAGUUCACGAACAAAGGUAUAUUCACCUCUCUUGAGGAAGCGAUAUUCAUACUGUACAUAUUUUUAUCUCGUUAGCGGUAGCAUGUCUCAGAACUGUUGGGCACAGCCAGGAGUCUUGGGGAUAUUUGGGAAGAUUCCUCUCCAAUAAUGUACUUGUUCGAUAGAUACUUAGAUACGAGGACAACGUUAGAGGUUUAUUAUACGGUGGUCGUCUUGUCUCCUGUAAGUAUCUAUCAAGGUACCCUAGGUUGAACCGAGGUAGGCAUCCACCUAGGCAAGGAAAAAGUAGCAAACUUCGUUGGAGAACUUCUUGGGAGUUCGUAAGGACGCGCCAUGUCAGCUAUAUG